UUUGGCACCGUAGGAUCGAUUGGGGGCAACGCGACGACGAUCGACGAGUCGAGCCUGUAAAAAUACCGAAAUAGAAUGAAGAUCGCGAUAAUCGGGGCCGGAGCCGCGGGUUUGGCCGCCCUCAGGCGCGUCCUCGAGGCCAGCACCGAGGCGCUCCCGAUCGAGGCGGUCGUUUACGAGAAAACUGGGAAAAUCGGCGGCACUUGGGUCUACGUGCCCGAGACCGGGAAGGACGAGUACGGCCUACCGGUGCACUCCAGCAUGUACGACAGUCUCAGGACAAAUCUGCCGAAAGAGGUGAUGGGAUAUCCGGGCUACCCGAUACCCGAAAACAGCGAGAAACGCAGUUACCUCACGCGCACGGAGAUCUUGGCGUUCCUCGAAAGCUUCGCCGAGCACUUCAAGCUUCGAGAACACAUACACUUGUACCACAACGUCGAGCUAGUCGAACCCGUGGGUGGUACGAGCGAGUGGAAGGUGCGCGUACGCGACCUCAAGGGCGACAGGAGUUUGGAUGUUCGCUUCGACGCGGUGAUGGUCUGCAGUGGGCAUUACUUUGAGCCAGCGAUACCGGUGAUCAAAGGCGCCGACAAGUUUAAGGGCGAGACGUUGCACAGCCACGAUUACAGGAGACCCGAGCACUUUGCCGGCAAAAGGGUCGUCGUCGUCGGGGCUGGACCGUCCGGCAUGGACUUGGCCUUGGAGAUCUCGAGGAAGGCCACCAGCGUAAUUCUCAGUCAUCACUCGACGGAAGAGAUCUUGACACAAUUUCCUGCAAAUGUAUCACAAAAGCCGGACAUUGUCGAAAUGACAGUCAACGCGGUAAAGUUCGCCGACGAGACGGAAGCCGAAGUCGACGCGAUAUUUUACUGUACAGGGUACAAGUACAGCUUCCCGUUCCUGUCCAGAGCCGCUGGGGUCCGAGUGGACGACAACAUGGUCGCGCCCCUGUGGAAGCAGGUCAUCUCCAUCGCUAACCCGACGAUGGCCCUCAUCGGGCUGCCCUUCUACGUUUGCGCGUUUAGUAUGUUUGACUUGCAGGCUCGAUUUGUGCUGAAAUUUUGGACAAACAAGGCCCAGCUGCCCGAGCGCAGUGUCAUGCUGGCCGAUCACGAGAAAGAGAAGAAGGACCGGUUCGAGGUGCGAGGCUGGUCGAAACGGCAGUUCCACAUGAUGGGACCCCUACAGGGCGAGUACUACGACGACCUGGCGAGGACUGCGGGCGUCGAGGGCCUGCCUCCCGUGCUCAUAAAAAUCCACAACGUCAGUAGCAAGCGCUUCCUGGACGACCUUGUCCACUACAGGGGGGACAGAUUCGAGAUUAUCGACUCGGACAAUUUUACGAGUACCGUUGCGCAGUGAGACUACCGAUUCACUCUCGAUCCUUUCGGUUCUACGUACCGAUAUCCGCUUCG